UAUAUUACUACUACAAUGAUGAUAAUAAUAAUAAUAAUAAUAAAAAAAAAAAUAUAUAAAAGCGCACAAACAAAAUAGUUUGUCGUAUAGUUGUAGAAUAUUUUUAUUAAAUUAAGAUUUUUUUUAAAUAAAUAAUUAAAAACAAAAUAAAAAAAUAAUAAAAUAACAAUGACUUCCUUAGUAGCCGAUUAUGGAACAUCUUCAGGUUCAGAAAGUGAAUCAGAAGGUGUUAAAAUUAUUCCAAAGGUGGAGAAUGAUGACGACGAUGAUGAUGAUGAUGAUAAUGAUGAAGAGGAAAAUGAUAUAAAUGAGGAUGAUAUUGAUGAUGAAUCAAAUGAUCGAGAUGAUAAUAGCAACAAUAAAAGUUCAUAUGAUAACAAUAAGCUUCCAUUACCGACUCCAGAUUUCAAUGCAACUCCCACAUUAAAAACUUCCGUAUUUACAAAUCCAUUUGUCGAGGCUGAAAAAGCUAAAAGUGCUAUUUUAGAAAAACAUGUUAAGAUGACACCAACAUUAGAUGACACAAAGAUGAUUAAUGGACGUAAAAUAUGUUGGAAUUAUCGUAAAGGACGAUGUCGCUUUGGGCACAAUUGUACAUUUGCACAUGAUUCAGAUCUACAUCGCAGUGCUGCUGAACUUGAAGCAAUUCGUACACCUCAGGAGACUGUUAUUUGUCAAACACACUUCAAUAAUCAAAAAAUUUAUCAUAUUAAUGGUGAUAAUCAUGAUGAUAAUAAUAAAGAUAAUGAUAAUGAUGAUGAUGAAAUCGAUCAAGAAAAUAAUCAAAUGAUUAAACGUAAAAAACGACCUGGACUCAGCCAAAGUCUUAUUCCGGGUAAAAAAGUUUUGAAAAUGUAUAAAGCGCAGCAAACUAAAGCUGUUGGUAGAUAAAAUUAUUUAUUAUUAUUAUGAUGGAAAAGUUUGUUGGUGAAAUUAAUAAUAAUGAUAAUUUAUCGAUAAUUCUUUUAAAUAUUUUAGAAGUAAUUUUUAAAUUUUGAUCACUUGAAUGUGUGGUUUUACGGGAGUUUAUUGCAAAUAAUUGAAAUUUAUAAGCAAAAUUUGAUAUAUUGAUAGUUUUUAACUGACAAACUUUCUUAUUAAAAAAUAUUAAUUAAUUAAAAUUAAAUGCAUCGAAUAAUCAUAUAAUUUUUUUCCGUAUAAAGUUUUCCAUUUUAAAAUAAAAUCGUAAGAUUUUUUUUUUUAUAACUUUUAACUUGUUAUUUUUAAAAGUUUAUUUAAACAAGAAUCUAUCUUUACACAAUUAAUUACUGUAUAAAAUAUAUUUAAUGAAUAGCAAAAGCUUCCAAUGUUUAUGAAUUACAAUACGUAGAUAUAGCCGAUGAUGAAAAGAAAAAAAACUGAAACAAGCCACGGGAAUUAUAAAUCAUGAAAUUAAAUAUAAAGGAAUUUUAAUUGUAUAAAUAAUUUAUUUAUUAAUCGAUCAAUUAAGAUGAAAAUUAGUUUUUGAUUAAUAUUUUAAAUCGAAUUAUUUAUUUAUUGAAACUACAAAAUAAUGAAGACUUGAUAAAUAAAUUUUUUAAACUCUAUAGCCAUUUGCACUAACCAAAUACGUAGAUUACAGAGAAAUAAAAACCGUUUUUUAAUAAAAAAAUUUCCAUUUUAAUUAUAACAAUUAUAUAAUUAUAAUAAUAUAUAAUCUUCCUUGGAUAAUUAACAAUAAUAAUAACAAUUCUUCUAAAACUAUAAACAUAAAUAGAUGCCUAUGAAAACUGAUAUUUUAUUCAGUUUAAUAUACUAAUGAUAUUCAUAUCAAUUAAAUACUUCCAUAGUACGUACCUUUUUACAAUUUUAAAAAUUAUAUUCAUUAUUAAAAGUUUAUUAAUCAUUCAUUAUUAAUUAUUGUUGACUAUUUUAUUAAAUUAAAUUCAAUAGUUAUCCAGUAAUGUGCAUUCAUUUUUAAAUCUCUGUUCCAAUAUUUUGUUUUCCGUCUAUUAAGCAAUUUAAAUUUAAAUGUCAAAAAAUUUAUAUAUAUUUAUAUAUAUCUAUAUUAGACUGUGCCAAAUAAAAUCGAUAUUUUUUUUAUCGGUCCCAUACGAAAAUUUGUUGCGUGUAACAAAAAAAAAGUUUAGCUACUAAACAGAGUUUUUUAACUCAAUUACAGAGCUAGCGUUCGCCUAAUGAAGAUUUCCUAUUUAAAUAACAUGAAAAAAUUUUUUUUGAAGCUUGGAAUUUUAUAACUCAUCAAUUGAUCAAAGGAUUGAUACAAACAAUACAUACUCCGUAGAAAAUUGAACGCUCCACAAAAAAAGGUCUCUUAUAAUUUUUUGUUAAAUCUAACCAUUAAAAAGUUAUUUUUUUAUAAAAAUUUUAGUUUUUUUUCAAAUAAUUUACUAAAUUUGUAACUUUUAAACUGCGAGAUUAAAAAAUCAUUAAAUAGCAGAUUUUGGUUAAAAAAAAAAAAAUGAUCUACAAGAAUAGUCUUACGACAUUUUGCGAUAAGAUUAAUAGUUUUACUAGAAAAGUAAAAAAAAACGUGAAAUUUACCAUCAAUUCGAAUUUAAGCUUUAAUAGCUUCUAAACGGUUAGAUUUAUAAAAAAUUAUAGUAGACCUUUUUUGUAGGCAUGAUGACAAAUUGCUAACUUAAAAAAAGUUUUUCCCAUGUUAUUUAAAUAGGAAAUCUUAUAUAGGUGAGCGCAAGCUCUGUUAUUGACUCAGAGGGUUCUAUUUGGUGGCUAAUUUUUUUUUUGUUUUACACAAUAACAUUUAAGUAUGGGAUCGAAAAAAAAAAUAUCGAUUUUAUUUGGCACAGUCUAAUAUAUUCAUAGAUUUAUAAACGAAAUAUUAAAUACAACAAUAUUUUUUAAGAAAGUAUUAUUAGUUAAUAUAUAUUUAAAUAUUAAUGAUAUUGUUUUUUUAUUAACUCCAUUGUAGAAAUAUUUUUUUUUAUAUAUAUUAAAAUGAUACAUAAAAAUAACUGAAAUAAUUGAGAGAAAGUAUAUACUGAAUAAUAGUAAGUU